CGUCGUAAGCCCGAAGCCGGAAAAGUUUUGCGUAGGAACCCUGCCCAGGCGCACAGCGCUGCAGCACAGGCGGGGACCUCUCCUUCACCCGCGCUUCAGUCCCAGCGCGUCUCCACGGCCUGCGGAGGGCAGCUUCAGUGCUUGGGUGGGAUCAUGGAGCCAGGCGAAGGGCGGGAAGUGGGAUCCCAGUGGACCGAGUGGCCCAGGAGGGAAGACGGGUACGCUCCUCCCGCAAACCCGCUUCAUACACGUCAGUGUGACCUGCAACUAGAAGAGGGGCAGAAUCACGAAGUCCGAGCUGCGGGAGGAAGAGCGUCCCCGCUCUAGAGCUUCACCUUCAGCCCAUUCCACUCGUGCCCUCGCAAAUAGGGCCCGAACCCAGAGGAGCUUCGGAGGGUCUCAGGCCACCACCCUCCCUAGGCCCAGAAGUCCGUGGACGCUGAAGCCGGGCCUGGGGCUGCUUUGUUUCCCCCAUGCCCGCCUCCGCUCUUGUCGUCGUUAGUUCACCGAUGGCUGGCAUGUGCCCAGGGAGACAUCUGUCACCGUGAGAUGGAGUCACAGGCUUCGCCCCCAGCAUGGAGCGCUGGCCGGACCUCCCCUGCAGGGGGGCGCCGGUUCUGCUGUCUUCUUUCCAAUGCCCUUCUCCUUGGCCCGACUCAGAAUUUUGACGAAAGAAGGGAACGUGGGUGGAGGAUGAGGGUUGAACUGCCCAGCCUCAAAUUAGAAGUAGGGCGAGAACGGGUUAUUUCUAAAUAGAGCAAGAACGUGACCUACAGGGGGAUUUCUUACCCAUCCCUCGUCCCCCCCCCCCCCAGUUGCCAGUUACUGAACCGAUGAAGGGCCUGCAAUCUAUCCCCUGCCAUGGCCCCAUCGUAGGGUGACAGGCAUCCUUCUCGCAAGGCACCCGAGUGCGUCUUUUCCCCGAGUUUGGGGCUGUUGCUUCUGGGGAGGUCUUUUUCAGGGAGCGGUGUUGAGGAUUUCUUCUAUCUGAAGCCAGGCUCCUGGGGAACCCUAUGCUCCCGGUGGGGGCGGGGGCGGGAUAGAGACCGCACGCUGAUGCAGGCAAGGGAACGAGCCCCUUGCAGCAAACCAGCUGUUGGGAGGGACGCCGGCCCAGCCCUCGCUGGCGCUGAGCCGGACCCCCGCCCAACUGGGCUCUCGCGCAGUUGAGGGUGCCCGCGGGGCCGAGACGAACACACAGGUCAGAGAGCGCGGCCGAGCCUCGGGAGGGAGGCGCGGCUGGUGGCUCAGGCUGCAGCCGCCCCGCGGGAACGGGAGAGCCCGCGCCCCGAGCUGUGGUUUAUGCACUUCUCCCUUUUGCUACUUCUCAACUGCGGCCCCUGAGGGCGCAGCGACUCAGGGUCUACCCUCGCAGCUACACACCAAGCGGGGCAGAGGGGAGGGGUCGGCGCGGACUCUGAUGCUCAUCCCUGAGUCCGGAUCCUCGGUCUCCGAGUCUCCCCACUGUCUGCCGACAACACCCCACUCCUCGGCUCGCUGCCCUCCCCACUCCCUUCCGGCCCUCUGGCGCGUCCUCACUCCCUUUUUGUGGCCUAGGCUCCUUUCACCCUCUGCUUCAGCUUGUCGCAAUCGCUGUACAAAGGGCCAGGGGCGGGAGUGGGGGGCGGGCGAGGGGAGCCGGGCCCGAACUGGCUGCCUCUGCGGGGCCACGGCCAAUCCGGAGCGUCCACCCCCCACCUCCGCGCAGGAGAGCCUGGGGCAGCUGCCCGCCGCCGGGCGGAGCCGCGGGCAGAGCGGGGAGCUCGCCGAGGGGACGGCCCCGCUGCCUUCCACCCGCCGCCCGCUAUCCGCCGGGGGCUCUCCCGCCUUGCCAUGCCGCCGUGGGGCGCCGCCCUCGCCCUGCUUCUGGCCGCGCUCGCCCUGCUCGGCCUGCUCGCCCCGCGGCUGCGGCGCGCCGUCGGAGCGAGGACUCUGCCCGGGCCUCGCGGCCGGGACCACGAGGAGGAGGUGGACGGCAGAGGCGCCGCGGACGAGUUCAGCGACGGGCGUGAGCCGCUGCCCGGAGGGUGCAGGCUCAUCUGUAAGCCGUCGGCGCUGGCCCAGUGCCUGCUGAGCGCCUUACGACAUUCAGCAGCUCUGGAGCCGCGCCCGCGUUCCUGGCUCUCCGGGCCCCACCUGCAGACCCUCUGCCACUUUGUGCUGCCGGUGGGGCCGGGGCCUGAGCUGGCCCGAGAGUACCUGCAGUUGGCGGACGACGGGCUGGUGGCCCUAGACUGGGUCGUGGGACCUUGCCCCCGGGGUCGGCGGGUCACCAACGCCGGGGGCCUUCCCGCGGUGCUGCUGGUGAUCCCCAAUGCAUGGGGGCGCCUCACUCGCAACGUGCUCGGCCUCUGCCUGCUCGCCCUGGAGCGCGGCUACUACCCGGUCAUCUUCCACCGCCGCGGUCACCACGGCUGCCCGCUGGUCAGUCCCCGGCUGCAGCCUUUUGGGGACCCGUCCGACCUCAAGGAGGCGGUCACUUACAUCCGCUUCCGACACCCGGCGGCCCCUCUGUUCGCGGUGAGCGAGGGCUCAGGCUCAGCGCUCCUGCUCUCCUACCUGGGCGAGUGCGGCUCCUCCAGCUAUGUGACCGGCGCCGCCUGCAUCUCGCCGGUGCUACGCUGCCGCGAGUGGUUUGAGGCCGGCCUGCCCUGGCCCUACGAGCGGGGCUUUCUGCUCCACCAGAAGAUCACCCUCAGCAGGUACGCCUCGGCCCUGCAGGACACAGUGGACACCCACAAACUGUUCAGGAGCCGCUCCCUGAGAGAGUUUGAGGAGACCCUCUUCUGCCACACCAAGAGUUUCCCCAUCAGCUGGGACACCUAUUGGGACCACAACGACCCCCUCCGGGAUGUGGACGAGGCCGCCGUGCCCGUGUUGUGUAUCUGUAGUGCUGAUGACCCCGUGUGUGGGCCCCCAGACCACUUUCUGCCCACCGAACUCUUUCACAGCAACCCCUACUUCUUCCUCCUGCUCAGUCACCACGGAGGCCACUGUGGCUUCCUGCGCCAGGAGCCCUUGCCAGCCUGGAGCCAUGAGGUCAUCUUGGAGUACUUCCGGGCCUUGACUGAGUUCUUCCGAAUGGAAGAGAGGAUGAAGGGGCUGAGCAGGCGCCGAGCUUCAUUCCUAGGGGGCCGCCGUCGCUGGGGAACCCUGCAGAAGCAGGAGGUCUCUCCCUCUUCCCAUCUGGAGGAGAUCUUUAGCUGGAAGCGAUCGUACACAAGGUGAGACCUGGCCCAGGAACAUCCCUAGUCCUGCACAGAAGAGCAGGGCUGGGCACGCCAGAGUCCUGAAAAGGUAGUGAGGACUGAAGGCGGCAGGCGGUCCCAGCUCUUGAUCACUGAUUCAGCCCCUUCUCUCUUGAACUGGUCCGUGGGAAGACAUGGGACUUCCAGCAAGCUGGUGCUCACUUUACCCGGAGAACACUCCCGCCCCAGGCUUUGCUCAACACAUCCUGGCUCUUCCUGGUCAGCAGCUGGGCUGUCACUGUCUCCUGUCAUCAACCUCCUAAACCAAAGAAUAGCACCAUGUAAGCCAUGGAUUCAGGAGAAAAUACUCUCUCACUCAAAAGGACUACAGAGAAAAUGGGUUUAUGUAUGUCAUCGGGGAGCUGUGUCCCACAUAAAUAAUCGGCUCUGUGACCCUGA